CGUAGAGGAAGCUCGUGGUGGGGCCGACGAUAUAGCCCUUGCGCGUGCGCCAAGAUGGUGGAGGAGGAGGGCAUCCGCGUGGUUCGUUGUGGCGGCAGCGAGUUGAACUUCAGGAGAGCGGUGUUCUCUGCGGAUUCUAAGUAUAUCUUCUGUGUCUCUGGAGACUUUAUUAAAGUUUAUAGCACAGCUACAGAAGAAUGUGUGCAUAUAUUGCAAGGGCACAGAAAUCUGGUGACCGGAAUCCAGCUCAAUCCCAACAACCAUCUACAGCUGUAUUCUUGUUCCUUUGAUGGCACGAUUAAACUGUGGGACUAUAUAGAUGGCAUUUUGAUAAAGACCUUCAGGGUUGGAUGUGAACUUCAUGCCCUCUUUACUCUUUCCUGUGCUGAGGAUUCUGUGUUUGUUACAAUAAAUAAAGAAAAACCAGAUGUCUUUCAGCUGGCUUCAGUGAAACUACCAAAAUCAUCAAGUCAGGAAAUAGAAGCUAAGGAGCUCUCCUUUGUUUUGGAUUACGUAAACCAGUCACCCAAGUGCAUUGCCUUUGGAAAUGAGGGGGAGUAUGUUGCUGCAGUACGGGACUUCUACUUGUCUGUUUAUUUUUUCAAAAAGAAAAAAACAACAAGGUUUACCUUAUCAUCAUCAAGAAAUAAGAAACACGCUAGGAACAACUUUACCUGUGUAGCCUGUCACCCAAAGGAAGAUUGCAUAGCAACUGGUCACAAGGACGGCAAAAUUCGUCUUUGGAGGAAUUUUGAUGAUGAAAAGAAAUACACAUAUACAUGUUUACAUUGGCAUCAUGAUUUGGUUAUGGAUUUGGCUUUUUCAGUGACAGGCAGCAGCCUGCUGAGCGGGGGCCGUGAGUCUGUCCUCGUGGAGUGGCGUGAGGCAGCAGAGAAGAAUAAGGAGUUCCUGCCCCGCUUAGGAGCCACCAUUGAACACAUCUCAGUGUCACCAGCCGGGGAUUUGUUCUGUACUUCACAUUCCGAUAACAAGAUAACAAUCAUCCACCGAAACCUUGAGGCGUCUGCAGUAAUUCAAGGCCUAGUGAAAGACAGAAGUAUCUUUACCGGUUUGAUGAUUGACCCAAGAACUAAAGCUUUGGUUUUGAAUGGGAAACCUGGCCACCUGCAGUUUUAUUCUCUCCAAAGUGAUAAACAGUUAUACAAUUUAGAUAUUAUACAGCAAGAAUAUAUCAAUGAUUCUGGUCUGAUCCAAAUUGAGCUAACAAAGGCUGCGUUUGGCUGCUGUGGUAAUUGGCUUGCAACGGUGGAACAACGUCAAGAAAAGGAAACUGAACUUGAAUUGCAAAUGAAACUGUGGGUGUAUAAUAAGAAAACACAAGGGUUUGUCCUUAAUACAAAGGUUAACAUGCCACAUGAGGACCACAUCACAGCUCUCUGUUUCUGUAAUGCAGAAAAAUCUGAAAAUUCCACGUUGGUUACAGCAAGUAAAGAUGGUCACUUCAAAGUGUGGAUAUUAACAGAUGAUUCUGAUAUAUACAAGAAGGCUGUCGGCUGGACCUGUGACUUUGUGGGCAGCUAUCAUAAAUACCAAGCAACCCACUGUUGUUUCUCUGAAGAUGGCUCCUUACUAGCAGUUAGUUUUGAAGAAAUAGUUACAAUAUGGGAUUCAGAGACUUGGGAGCUUAAAUGUACAUUUUGUCAACGAGCUGGGAAAAUAAGGCACCUUUGCUUUGGGAGAUUGACUUGUUCCAAGUAUCUUCUUGGUGUCUCUGAAAAUGGCAUUCUGUGCUGUUGGAAUCUGCUCAGUUGUGCAUUGGAAUGGAGUACGAAAUUAAAUGUGAGAGUUAUGGAACCUGAUCCCAAUUCAGAGAAUAUUGCUGCAGUCGCUCAGUCUUCUGGGGGUUCAGACUUGUUUGUAUUUAAACCUAGCGAGCCAAGGCCAUUGUAUAUUCAAAAGAAUAUCUGCAGAGAGGAAGUCUUGUGGGGAGUGUUUGUUCCCCGAGAUGUUCCUGAAUCAUUCACCUCAGAAGCUUACCAGUGGCUCAACAGAUCCCAGUUUUACUUCCUAACAAAAUCACAGAGUUUAUUGACGUUCAGUACACAGUCUCCAGAAGAGAAACUCACACCCACAAGCAGACAGUUACUAGCAGAAGAAAGUCUUCCAACAACCCCAUUUUAUUUCUUACUGGGAAAACACAGGCAGCAACAGCAGAAUGACAAGUUAAAUGAAGCUCUGGAGAAUGAGCUGGUACAGCUGCCCUUAACAGAAAACAUACCUGCAAUUAGUGAGCUUCUUCGCACUCCAGCCCACGUGCUGCCAUCUGCUUCGUUCCUCUGCUCCCUGUUCGUAAACUCACUGCUGCUGUCUAAGGAGACUAAGAGUGCUGAAGAAAAUCCUGAUGAUGUCGAUAUGGAAGAAGAAAAAGAAAGUGAUGAUUCAGAUGAAGAAAGUAAUUUCACUGAAAAGAUCCAGGAUAUAAAUAACACAGAUUUGGAAGAAGACGUUAUACAUCAGUUGUCAAAAUCAGAAGAAAAGGAACUGAAGAAAUUUAGGAAAGUAGACUACAGCUGGAUAGCUGCUCUCUGAGCCUUGGGGAGUGGGGGAGGGUUUGCACUUUGUGUUUGUAUUUUGGUUUGUUUCUGUUGUAUGUCGAUACUCCACAAAUCUAUUUAAAUGUUAUUCCUGUUCUUGAAAUGUUAAAUACUAACAGGCUUUACUCUUAAGUAACUGGUAACAUGAAGUUGUGUAUACGUCAUGUUUUACAGUUGCCGUGUACAUCAUCAUCUCAUUUCCCUUAUCAGCCUUAAAGGAGAGCUGGAAGUUGAACUUGUACAGCAUAGGUCCCUUUAUCUGCAAUUUGGAGAUAUAAAAAGUUUUUUUAAGGUUUUGUAGAUAGUGUUUUAAUUUCAGAAUUUAUUUGGUGGCCAAGUAUGACUUGAACUGAUGUGAGGUUCUCUACAGUCUUGAUUCAUCACUCUUGUAUAUUUCUCAUAGAGAAAUUUAGGGAAAUGAUUUGAUUAUGGUAGUAUUUCACAGACUUCACUGAGGAUGUUAUAUAAUACAAGCUGCCUAAAAUCUGAAAAAUUCUAGAUGCACAUCAUCUGACUCCAUACCUUUCAGAGAAGGUGUCUACUAGUAAAGACGGUUUUCAUGACAGCCUUAGAGCCAAUAAGAAGAGCUAGUAACUCUGUUACUGUGUCUACUGAGUCACGUAAUAAUCACUUUGGAGUUUUCCAAUUCAAUGAUACUCUUCUAUAAAAUCUAUAUUAAAAAGUUAAUGCAAAAACAAGUGUACACAUCAUAAGCGCACAUCUCAGGGAAUGUUCACAAAUUGCUAUAGUGGCUAUUUUUUAAUAUUUUUAUUUCUUUAGAUUCUGUUUCUACUAUUUUGGGAGUUUACACUUUUAUAUUGGUACUCAUUGAAAGUACCCUUUUAAAUUUUUAUAAUAUGCUUAAACAUCUAUAUGGUUUAUAGACUUAGAGAGUGUCUUACACUGACUAUCUACUAUGGUGGUUAAAACAGCACAUUUAAUGUCCCUUCAUGUCUCUUUAUGGCCUCUCCGGUUAUUUGGUCAUUUUGUUGGUUUUCAUGGAUGUUAAACACUGUUGAAUAAAUUAGUACAAAGCAGAACAAUUAUGGAUCUUUUUUUCUCUU